UAUAUUUUGCCAUACAACCAUGCCUUUAAACAUAAGAGCCAAGGCCUCGCACAGCAAGCUGACUGCUGCUGCUGCAAAGAGUGGUGGGCAAAAUGAUGGUAGCUCAUCUCAUUCACGCUUCUCGAGGUCUACAAAGCAGGGGAAAGGUAAACAGGCUGUCAGCUCAGGUCCUGGGUCCCGAUCAGGACUUGAGCCUGGCUCUGUGUCAGGGGGCGGGCCUCCACCAGCAGCUAAACUGACCGGAGCACAAGGUUCAGUUUCAAAGCUUGGUCCCAGACUCAAAGUCAACACAUCAACAGCAGAUAAAGGAUCAACUCGUGGUUCAGCAACAGCUCCAGGGGGAAAAACCAUGUCCAUGGAGAAUAUCCAGUCUUUAAGUGCGGCCUAUGCCACUUCUGGCACCAUGUAUCCCAAUGAGCGGGAGUCCUUGGAACCCUCUGGUGGAUACCCUAAAAGUACCAUGACAUUAGGGCGGAGUACCAGCCGCUCAUCUUCCACUGGCCGCAGUACAGCAAUUAGAAGCACCCCAAACAUCACAGCCUCUGGUAUGCAUCACAUACCAGACUCUUGUGGAGACCAAACUGUGUUUUCUACAGGAACUUCCAGUUUGCGACGGCAGUCUGGAAGAUGCACACAAACACUGGAUUUGAAUGAUCGGGGAGAGGUUUCCCCCUGUGAUCUCCAGGCUCAGCUGAGGGAUCUGCAGAGAGAGAAUGAAAGUCUUCGGAGGGAACUGGAUGGAGGGAGGGAUGGAAAGACAGGCCCUGGCAUGAAUAGUGUUAAUUUCUGGAGCCCUGAUGUAAAGAGAGACAAGGGGAGUAGGCGUGAAGAGGGCGUUAGGACGCCAGCUCUAAAGGAACAGUGCAGAGUGAACCAAGAAGAUUUACAGCUGGGGGAUAUAAGAAGAAAUAAGCAACUUCCUUUGACAGUUCAGGAGCUACAGGAGGAGCUGAGAGCUCACAGAGAGACAAACAGUCGCCUGCGGCAACAGCGGCAGCAGAGCAGCUCCUACCGAGAACACCAUAUGGACCAAGAGUACAGAGGGGGGCUCAGUCCUGGCCACAGUCCCAGACAAAGUUCCAUAAACCUACACAGUCCCGCACCAAGGAACAGCCCCAAAGCCAGUCCAUCAAACACCUACAAUCCAAGGCAACAAGAGGCUGACAUCAUCAUUCACAGUCCUGGCUAUGGGUGUAAUACAUUGGCAGCCACACAGAGACUUAGCCCAGCCAACACCCUUCAGCUUGGACAAAGGAACAGUCCAAGCCAGCCCCUCUACAGUCCUAGUCAGGGAGCAUUGCCCAGCUCUAGCCCCCGUUAUCCAUGUAGCCCCUGUCAGGUGCCUGGGUGCGACGGCUUUUCUUCACCUCCUCCUCAGGAUCCAACAGAGGAAAACUUCUUCAGACUGCAGUCAGAACAUGACCGUCAAGCCAAUGAGUUGUCCCUGCUGAGGAAGACUAUGGAAGAGAUGGAGAUGAGAAUUGACUCCCAGAAGCAGACGCUGGGUGCACGAGACGAGAGUAUCCAGAGGCUGCUGGAGAUGCUUCAGGGUCAGGGACAGUGUGGACGAGGACAGCGAACAGGCAUAACUACCAUGGCAGCCCAGGAAGCUGAUGCCCACUUGGAGAAUGUGCAUUUGAGAGAGGACACAAAGAUCUCUUCCCUGGAGAGAAACAUCAGAGACUUGGAGGAUGAUGUCCAGAUGCUAAAAACCACCGGCCUGUUGCACCCUGAUGAAAGGCAGGAUGAACUCAAGCAGGUGGAAGUCUACAAGAGCCACUCUAAAUUUAUGAAAACUAAGGAGCAGACAUUGUCACCACGUGUGUCUUCCAUCAGACCAGCUCCUACCUUCCUCAUGCCCACUCAGCUGCCUUGGAUCACAGAACAAGAAGAAAUAGAGCAGCUGAAGCAGGAGCUGAAUAGGAAGGACUCAGAGAUGCAGGCCCUGCAAACCAAACUAGAAACACUGACCAAUCAGAACUCGGACUACAAGCAACACAUCGAGGUGCUAAAAGAGUCGCUCAGUGCCAAGGAGCAGCGCGCCAACACACUGCAGACAGAGGUGGAUGCUCUGCGAGUGCGCCUGGAGGAGAAGGAACAGAUUCUGACUAAGAAAACUAAACAACUGCAAGACUUAAGUGAUGAAAAGAGCACACUGGCUGGAGAAAUCAGAGAUAUGAAGGACAUGCUGGACGUCAAGGAGAGAAAAGUGAAUAUUCUACAAAAGAAGAUUGAGAACCUGUUGGAACAGUUAAAAGAUAAGGACAAACAGCUGGCUGGAUUGAGAGAAAGGGUUCAGGGGCUUCAGACUGACUCCAGUAACACAGACACAGCUCUGGCCACUCUGGAAGAAGCUUUAUCAGAAAAGGAGCGAGUGAUUGAGAACCUCAGAGACCUGAAGGAACGAGAAGACAGGGUGAGGCUUGAAGAAAUGGAUCAGAUGAGGAGAGAGAACCAGGAACUGAAGGAAAAAUUGGCUGCUCUGCAACCCUCAAAGCUGUCUCAGAGCCAGGUCACUAACUCCAUCUUAAUCCAGAACCAGAGGCCUGAUGGGGAGGUUGAACCCAAAGUAGAUGGGUUUCCAGCAGUCAACCCCACGACCCCAAAACCAGAGGAAACUGUCAGAAUCUGUCCAGACAUCGCAGAUCGUCUGAGGCUUCUCGAGCAGGAAGUGGCCCGCUACAGAGAGGAGUCUGGGAAGUCCCAGGCUGAGGUGGAGAGGUUAAAGGGGGCGCUUAAGGAUGCCGAAGUGGACAAAUCAUGCAAGGAGAAGAAAAUUACUGAUCUUGAGAGACCUGGGCAAAUCAAGUCUCCAAAUAUCCAGAAGCAGAUUGUGCCUGGCGAGAUGAGGAGAGACGCCUUGGUAGAUGGACAUCCACACUCUUUAUCACAGCUUUGCAAUUCCCAGGAUGCCAUGCGGGAGACGACGGAGCGGAUAAUGGAGCUGGAGAAGGCUCUGAGGGAUACCAUGAACACCUCGGCCCAUAGGGAGGCCCUUUGGGCACAGGAGGAGGCCGCCCGUGUUCAGGCCCAAAGACAGUUGGAGGAGCUGAUGGGAGCUUUAGAGAAGACUCGCCAGGAGCUAGAUGCCACUAAAGUACGUCUGUCCUCCACUCAGAAGUGCCUACAUGAACGAGAUGGACACCUCAACCAACUGCGGCAGGAUAGACGCAAACAGCUGGAGGAGAUUCUGGAGAUGAAGCAGCAGGCGUUGCUGGCAGCCAUCAGUGAGAAGGAUGCUAAUAUUGCCCUUCUGGAAUUAUCUUCUUCCAAACGCAAGAAAGCCCAGGAGGAGGUGAUGGCUCUGAAAAGGGAGAAGGACAGACUCAUGCACCAGCUCAAACAGCAGACCCAAAGCAGAAUGAAGUUAAUAGCAGACAAUUAUGAGGAAGACUACAUCUACCCCCAACAUCACCCUCACCAUUUGCACCACAUGCAUACAGCAAAUUUGCAUCACCGGAGUGUGCCAAGAGGGGACCCACAUGCCAACCACCGACCUCCGAUGGAUCAGGAUGACGAAGAGGGUAUUUGGGCUUGAUGAGUGCUAUCCAUAGGAACCUGCAUCUCUUUGGUGUCUAUGCAUUUGGAAUCACAAGAUUAAUUUGCUUCAGUUCCCAGGACCAGAUGAUUUGUCUUUGCUUUUCAGACCCAAUUAAUAAAGCACAAAAGUUCAUCAGAUUGGGCUUUUAAAUGCUCAUAAAUAACUACGUCAUUGAUACAGGUCACAUUCGUGGACAAAUGCAUUGUUUUGCUGGGCACCCAAGCUCCUUGUGGAUGAAUCUUGUAUCGCAGCUCAAUAUUGGCAAGUUUGCUCCUGCCUUCAAUUUCCGGGCUGUUUUCAAUAGACUGGGAGCUGGAUUCAUUUUGCAGUGCUGUGGUGCAACAGAGGCCUGACUUCAUAGUAACGAAGAGUCACAACGACUGCAAGCAAACUGAAGCCAAGCCACAUACGCAAGCCCCAGAUCCAUACCUGUUCAGGUUUAUGUUUGCAGGCUUGUGUUUACUUCUGGAGCUAAAUAUCAGACUUUUGUAAAUAUGACAACAUGGACCUCAAAAUCAACAACCCACUAAGACCUCCUCAAUGUAUGGUGCCAAAGGAAUUGCCACAGUCCACUGGGAUAAAUAAAAAAUGGUGAAACACCAACUGAUUCAACUCUUAUCCAAGACUUUCAACACUGCCCAAUUUACUUAACGAUCUUAGUGUCUUGCAAAAGUAGUCAUGCCCCUUUGGAACAUAAAACACUUCAGUCAUGUUACAACCAAAACCUUAAAUGUAUUUUUUUGGGGAAUUUUAUGAACCAAUAAACAUUUUUUUUUUUUUUUUGUAGAACCAGUUUUUGCUAUAAUCACAGCGGCAAGGCUUUUGGAGAACCUUUGUGAUAUUGAAUGUCUAGUCUUGCCACAGUCUCACAAAUGGAUUUAGGUCUGAACUUAUGUAGCGUUAGUUUUCUAGUCCACACAAAACUGUGCAUAUUGGCUUCAAAAUUCUGUUUAAUGUCCCUUUACUAAAGACAAUGACGUCAUAUUUUCUCUCCGCUUCUUGGUUUGUGGCAAACACACCACCGUCGGUUGGUUCUUAAUAUAUAAUCCCAAUAAAAACAAACUAAACUGUGUUUGUAACAUGGUGAAAUGUUAAAAAUGUUCAAAGGCUAUAAAUAAUUUUUUUGAGGAAAGGCGUAGUAAAUCUGCUGCACAUGCAUUGAAAAAAAAGUGAUCCUUGAUGUUCCCACAGAGAAAAUGAGAAUCCACUUAUACUCAAUCAAAAAGUCAAAACCUUCGUUUACAGUGAAGAAAAAAAGCAGUGUUUUUCUCCUUAUUAAUGUGUUCUGUUUGGUUUUCUGCAACUGAAGGAUUUGAGUGCCACUCUUAUUCUUUUCAUCUUUUUACAUCUGCUGUGUGUCUUAUACUGAAGAGUGAUGUAUUUAUUGUCUAUUUGAUUUUGUGAAUUUCUGUGACUAAUCUAACAACACUGAAGUGACUUGCCUUCCAAAUAACAAUUAUUUUUUUCACUGUACUAAAAGUUGGUUUGAAGUGACAAUAAUUGCUGUUUUGUUGUGGACUCAGCAGCUUCACGGUGUGUAAAUGACUGAAUAUGUCCAGUGUAUAUGUAGGCGUGUGCGUGGUUGUGUGUGUGUGUGUGUGUGGUUUGGUCCUGCUCACUCAGUUGUAGUGACUGUGAAAGUCUGGGGGUAACAGUAUUCACCCUUGGCUCAUUCCACAAUGUUUGGCAGCUUUCAGUUUGUUCACGUUGUUUGAAUAAAACUUUUAACUUAAGUGGCAA